AUGCCGCUUCAUCUGCUCGGCAAAAAGUCAUGGAACGUCUACAAUCCAGAGAAUAUCGCCCGCGUCAAGCGCGACGAGGCACAGGCCAAGGCCCGCGAAGAGGAGGAUGAACGGCAGAUGCAAGAGGUCGAUGCCGAGCGUCGAAUCCAGAUCCUGCGUGGAGAGCGAGUACCUACACCUCCUUUACCACCAACAUCCCGUGAAUCGCCGGAAGUAUCUCGGCGGAGCCGAAAAGCCCCUGACGACUCGGGGAGGAAUCGCAUCAAGAGACGUCGCCUUGCUGGCGAAGAUGACACGGACAGGGACAUCAGAGUAGCCCGAGAGGACGCAGCUCAAGCAGUCGCCAAACGAGAUGAGCUAUCCAUAGCCGCCCAGAGAGAACGUAAGGAAAUACAAGUGUCCCUUGUGGACAGUGCUGGCCACAUCAACUUGUUCCCGGAGCGAGAAAACAAGAAUGCUGAAAAGAACCCCGAAGCCCAAGCCGAGGCGAUGCGAAAGAAACGUGAAUUUGAAGACCAAUACACGAUGCGGUUCUCUAAUGCUGCUGGUUUCAAGGAGACCGCUGGGCGCCAACCAUGGUACUCUUCUGGUGACCAAGCUGCGACAGCACCGAAUUCAAUGUCCGAAAAAAAUGUAUGGGGGAACGAGGACCCAAUGCGCAAAAAUCGAGAAAGGGCUCGUAUGGAUGCCAAUGAUCCUCUUGCAGCAAUGAAGCGCGGUGUGCGGCAGUUGAAAACGGCACAGCAAGAACGAAAAAAAUGGAACGACGAGAAAAGAAAAGAAAUAGAAGACCUCAAAUUUGAUGAGCGCCAGCGCUCGAGGCGCCAGUGGAAUCGCUCAACAUCUAGAGAUAGCCUUGAUGGUUUCCGGCUUGAUGCCCCAGCACGCGGAGACCGUGGCUCUGAUAAAAAGGAGCACAGGAGUUCUCAACGUCACCAUCGUCACCAUCGUGAUGGAAGCCGUGAUCGACGUCGUGAUCGAAGCCUAAAGCGUUCGUACCGGGAUAAUAGUCCUGAACGUUCUCAUCGACGUUCAUAUUCUUCAGAGCGUACUCAUCUGCAUCCCCAUGAUGAGUCCCAUGCUUAUGACAGGCGUUCGAGGAAGUCUGAACCUGGCACAUUCUACGGGAAGCGUUGA